CACUCUAUGAACAUCCACUAGCUGAACAAAGCAUCAGAAACAAGCUAAAACAAGCUAAGAAACACACAAAAAACUAAGUCAGGAAAGAUGAGCUCAAGCUGGACAGUGGAGGUGGAGACCAAAGCCCCAGCGGCAGCCCUCUUCAAGGCCUUGUUCACUGAUUGGCAUAAUCUUGGACCUAAGCUCAUCCCUGAAAUUAUCACUGGUGUUACUUUACUUUCUGGAGAUGGCAGCGCAGGAAGCAUCAGGCAGGUCAAUUUUACAACAGUGGUGCCAUUUAGCUUUGUAAAGGAGCGUCUUGAAUUCAUCGAUCAUGAAAAGUUCGAGUUAAAAAUUUCUGUUGUGGAGGGUGGAGAUUUGGGAAAGAAGAUCGAGUCUGCAACUUCACACUUCAAAGUCGAACCAAAAGGCGCUGGCUCCAUUGUUAAGCUGACAGGGACUUAUAAGGCUCUCCCUGGCGUUGAUUCUACUGAGGACAUCAAGAAGGCCAAGGAAGGUUUCAUCAAGAGCGUCAAGGCAGUGGAAGAAUUCCUUGCAGCCAAUCCUGGAACCUACGCUUAAAAAUCCUAUGUUUGUUUGAGUGAGAAUGAGUUUGGAAUUGUUAUGUGAUAAUAAAGAGGGUUGGUUUGUGUUCUAA